AUGAAGGCCUCUCAAGUUCUCGCUGCUGGCGCUCUCGUCGCCCCUGCCCUGGCUCAGAACCGCACCGAGAUUGUCACCAUCACCGACACUGCUUAUACUACCUACUGUCCUGUGCCUACCACUAUUCCCAUUGGCAACAUGACUUAUACCGUCAGCAAGGCUACUACUCUUACCAUCACCAACUGCCCUUGCACCUUGACCAAGACCGGCUGGUUCAAGCCCACGGCCACGCCUACGGCCCAACCCGUCUGCUCCGGCGGUGAGGAUUGCGGCCAUGGCGGCAACGGCGGCGGUAACAAUGGCGGAGACCAUGGGUGCGAUGGGGAGGAUUGCGGCAGCAACGGCGGCAAUCCUGGGGGUAACGGCGGCAACGGCGGAGGCAGCGAGUGUAAUGGAAAGGACUGCGGUAACAAUGGCGGCAACGGUGGCAACCCUGGAGGCAAUGGCGUCAACCCCGGAGGCAACGGUGGUAAUAAUGGUAAUAACGGUGGCAACGAGUGCAAUGGAAAGGACUGUGGCAACAACGGCGGUAACCCUGGAAGUAAUGGGGGCAACCCCGGAAGCAACGGCGGUAACCCGGGAGGCAACGGAGGCAGCAACGGCGGCAGCAACGGCAACCCUGGCGGCUCUGGUAACCCGACGCCGGCGCCCCAGGGCGGCUGUGACGAAAAGACCGGCGCUGGCUGCCCUGCUGUCCAGACUGCAACCGGUGCCCAGCCCACCGGUACUUCUGCCGUAGUUGCCGGCGCCAAUGUCAACGGCCUGAGCGCCGGAGCCAUGGCUGUUGCUGGAUUUGCCGCCAUGAUGCUGUGA